AUGAAUAUGCAAACACCAGAAGUCCUCGGCCAAUAUGUCGGUGAGGAUCGUCCACUUCGUCUGGGUGGUAUUAGGAGUGAUCCUAAUGUCGUUGCACUGCUUUGGCGGGGACAACACGACGUCCUUUUGUCCACCGGGCUACGAGUUCGUCGUGACAGAAGGUAUGGCCUGACCAACAGCUUCACAAAUAUCCUUCAAAAAUAAAUAA